ACGGUAAAUUCUCUUCAAUUAGGUAGUUUUGAUCAUCCUCUGUCAGAGUCAAUUGUUCUAUCAAAUGGUACUCUUUUAUUGGAGCCAGUGCUACCCAACAUAGGUUUAAAGUACUUAGACUUAGGUGGUUUAUUUAAUCAAACUAUUUAUCCUGGAGUACUCCCUCAAACCUUGACAAGUCUUAAACUAUCAAAUUAUUUUAACCAACACCUGAUUGUUGGAAGUUUACCCGAUGGAAUAAAACACCUUAAAAUGGGAAUACUUUUUAAUAAGAAACUAAUAAAAGGGGUAUUGCCCUCGAAGCUAGAGCAUCUUGAACUUUCAAUUCAUUAUAAUCAGCCAAUAGACGAGAAUGGUAUUCUACCAUCAGGUUUAAAAGUAUUGGUUUUUGAUUUGUUUAGUCAAUAUGAUCACCCGAUCGAGGCUGGUGUUUUUCCAGAUAGCUUAACAGAUUUAAAACUUGGUCAAGAUUUUAACCAAAGCUUGGAAAAUCUUCCUAAAAGUAUAAAAAAACUAACGAUAUGCGAGUAUUUAGAUCAAGAUUACUUUCCAACAAUUCCCGAAUCAGUUGAAGAUUUAAGAUUGUUCGAAUUCUCUGAUAAUUCAGUUUUGGAUGAAGAAUGGCACAGUGGUUUGGAUGCUUUAAAAUCAUUAGAGAUUUCCGAAAGACAAACAUUAUUAUCAAUUCCAUCGAGCAUUACUAGAUUAAAGGGUUUUACAAUAUUGGAGGAGUCAAAUCAGUCAUACAGAGACCAGUUAUCAUUAUUACAUAGCAUUACAAAUUUAAAAGAACUCUCAGUUUUCAUUCCCCAUCAUAAAACGUUACAAGAAUUUGAAAUCCCAAAACAAAUAGAAUUUUUAAAAUUCGAAGCACUAAGUUCCCAAUUAUUUACUAGAACACUUCAACAUUGUUAUCAAUUACACACCCUCAUAUUUUCAUUUGAAUAUAAAAUGCCAAUUUUACCAAAUAGUCUCCCAGAUAGUUUAACAACUUUAGUACUAAGCCCCAAUCAGAAUAUUCCCUUUGAAAAAGAUGCUCUUCCAUCAGGUUUAAAGAACUUAUCAAUUAAAGGUUAUGAUAUACCAUUGGAAAGUUCUCAUUUUAGUCAAUCAAUCAAACUUUUAGAAUUUGGUUAUGAUUGUACUCAAACCUUAACAGAAAAUAAUCUACCACCAGAAAUCGAAACUCUUAUCAUUUGGGGAUUUAAAACCAAAAUUCAACUACCUCUUCCAAAAACUUUAAAAACAAUAUAUCUUUUUAGUGGUAAUCAAACUAUUUUAGAAAAUAUUGAAUUAUUCAAUACUUUAUUACCUGUAAUUAGAGUUUUAAAUAGCAAUUUAUUAUCAAAAAUAUUUGAUAAACAAUGUAAAUAA